GUUUGGGAUUAGCUAUUCUCUCAGAACAUUUCUGUGCUGUUAGUAUCUAUUUUUAUUGCAGGGCAGUAACAGUACUGAGUUUUCUGGGAGUUUUUCUCUCAUACUAUGAAAACUAUAUGGUAGUUAUAUAUGAAAUUUUCAGUUCACAUUUGUGUAGAGAAAAUGUAUUAUUUUUCCAAUGUAUAUCUUAGUUUACUUUAGACUUUAGAAAUACAGCGUGGAAACAGGUUCUUCGGCCCACCGAGUCCGCGCAGACAAGCAAUCACCCCGUGCACUAGGGACAAUUUACAAUGUUUUAAUUAUGUCAAUUAACCUACAAACCUAACGUCAUUGGAGUGUGGGUGGAAAUCGGAGAUUCCGAAGAAAACUCACGCAGUCAUAGGGAGAACGUACAAAUUCUGUACAGGCAGCACUUCUAAUUAGGACUGUACCCGGGUCUCUGGCACUGUAAGACAGCAACUCUAACGCUGCGCCACCAUGCUGCCCCUAAUUUAUUUUGAUUUAUCCUUCAUCAAAAGUAUAUUAUUAUAGUAUUUUCUGUAUUGAGUGACAUGUAUUUCUAACAAUUAUAGCUUUUGGUGUCAAUUUCUCCUUUUUGUGAUAAUUGGUACGUAACAUUUUAAAGCAUUGUGAAUGAUUGCUGUUCAUGCAAUUGCAAAGUUCAGUGGGAUCAAUAUACUGCAUCUGGCCCAAAAACACCUCCAGUCCCAUUUUCUUGAUGUUCACCCUAACAAUGUUGUAUACAUUGCAUAAAGACGAAGAACUUCCAUACUGAGAUUCAUGGAACAGGUGACUCGGUGUAAUGCUGCACUGAAACUGUUGCUAUUCUGUUUGGAUAUCCUGUAGUGAUCAGCAUGUAGUCAAAUAGGUGUAAUCCUUGCAGGCAGCUCUUAAAAGGACAUGCCACAGUAAUAAACACUCACCCAGCCAUAGGGGAGUAUUGCUACUGAAUUAAUGAAUAGUGUAAUGAUGGCAGGAGAGGGUGUUCGAACAGUGGAAAAAUACUCCCAUGGGGUAGAGAGACUGAACAAUUUAGUGAGGAAUAAUACCCAUAUUCUUUAUGCAACGGAGCCAUAGAAAGCCUGAAUGCAACGCCCAGGCAAUUUUGGCAGUGAGGUUUCCGUAAGGACACGAGUGCAGUCUCUGAAUGUUAGAACUUUGGGGAAGCCUGCAGUGUAGCCAAAUGCCCGUGUCCACUCUGCCUGCUCUUCUGGUAGUUGAAGUCUCCCCUUCUUGAGUAUGGAGGUGGACUGACCUAACGAGUGUGCCAGUAAGCAGCAGUGUGAGAUAUGAGCAAGAACAGUAACAGCAGCCUGGAAUGUUUCUGCGGCUUGGAAGUUGAGAAUAACCACGGCUCUGACCUCCAGAGGCAAAAGGAUGAAGGCUCGCCUCAAGUUACAGGAGGUCACAAUUUUACUUUACAGAAAAACAAUGUAAUCUGUGUAUCACCACUACGUCGUAGAGCUAGAACAAUCUGGCUGUUUUGUGAGGGAGUAAGAACUGUUGCUUUUUUCUGACCAGAAGGUUGAAAAUCUCGCAGCAGAUAAAUCUAGCAUGUUGCACUACUAUUAAUGUCACCUGGGUGAAUUCUAUGCUGGAAAAACGUGAGAGAGAAUGAGAACACGACCAACAAAGUGAUCGAUGAUCAGCAUGGACUUGGUGGGCUGAAGGGCCAGUUUUCCAUGCUCUAUCUUACAAUAAAAAUAACCUCAGAUGAUCAGCUCUGUAACCUGUUCUCUAUAGUUCUCACAAGAUCCCAGUAGAGCUUCAGUAGCAAGCAAUAACAAAUGUUUUUUUUUCCAAAAUAUAAGGCAGAAUUUCUCAUAUAAUAUUCCACAUGCUGAGUGAUGUUACAAACCAUUCACUCAAUGUGUGCAUUCAUUGACAGCACUGCCUGUCAUGUGCUGUCAGUGGAAACUAGUUAGAGAUUACUGUAAUUUUAAAGUUCACUGAGAACACAAAAGGGAAUUGAACCAAUGAAAUAGUGAUGUCGGCAUAAAAUAUUAUAAAAAUUCAUAUUUUAAAAAUACACCAGGAUGCUGGAGAAGCUGCAAUGUUUCAGUGGCAGAUAUUUUAAAGUUUUAAGUUUUUCUCCCCAGUUUAUACCACUGCAGGGUAAAAUAAGAUUUUGAAUAGAUUGAAUGAAUCAUUUAAAAAAAUUGCAAAUUCAUAUUUUAUGUUAUAUUUUAGAAUGGGAUGACAGAACUAAAAUCAUGAUUUGCAAGCUCAAAUUCUAGUGCCUGAGAUCAGAAUUAACUCUCAACAGCGUUAUAUUAUAACCAGCACUCCGCUCCCAUUUACUAUGGCAAGAGAUUUUUGGUAAGGAUCCUGCUACAUCCUCUGUAGAGAGACACAAAGCGCUGGAGUAACUCAGUGAAUCAGGCAGCAUCUCUGGAGAGAAAAGAUGGGUGAUGUUUUGGGCCGGGACCCUUCUUGUUCCGACCCGAAACAUCACCCAUCCUUUUUCGCCAGAGAUGCUACUUGACCCGAUGAGUUACUCCAGCUCUUUGUGUUUAUCUAUGGUAUAAAACAGCAUCUGCAGUUCCUUCCUACACAUCUCCUCCACCCUCAAUUGCACUCUAUUAGCACCUUACACCAUACCAUCUAUUUCCUAUUGCCAACGUUUCUCUCUAUUCGUCCUCUUCCCUUGUUUUAUCCUGAUUCUAUAUUUAUUUAAACACUGCUAAUUUCCUGGUCUGAUUAGUUAAAACCUGAUUACAACCCUGUUUGCUUUGUUUAUGCUCAAAAUACAGGUUAACAUUUUAAGAUGGUGGAUGAAGGGUUAAAUGCAAGGUUGCAUGUGGACACACCUGCACCAUAUGAUAAUUAAACCACCAAACGAGACCAGCUGCAGAUUAUUCAGCCAACAAAGACACGAGGUCUGCUGCUGGAAGUUUUUGUACAAAGGUCUGGAGGUGCUGUGAAUAUGAAUCCACAGAGCGGCUCCAGGGGAUCUCUGAAAACAGUUUGCACCAAUACGGAAACAACGAGGAACAGAAGAUUCCAAUUCCGCAACACCACCGAUUUUCCGGAAAAUGAUGGUCCGGCAUCUCCUUUAAUCCGGACAAAUAUACGAUGUUUCUUGACCUGCCGUCUGCAUCCAGAUUUCUCUCUGUUUGCUUCUGGUUUUCAGAAUUUGUGGUUUCUUGCUCCUGAGGUUAAAGGACAUGACCAGAGGCGAUGGAAAGAAUUUGGAAUACAAAUUAUACUCGAUCAACGUCAACACUGUGCAGAGAUGAGUGAUGACCCUGCAAUUGAGGGACACUUCUAUCUAUCACCUUUGGCACGAUCGCUAUCUUCAACUAUUCAUUUCUCUCAUUUUACCAUUGCAUUCCUGUUUAAAUCCGCUAUUACAAUGCUGCCCGACCUGCUGUGUGUUUCCAACAUUUUCUGGUUUUACUUUGGAUUCCCAACAUUCUUGAAGCUGGUGCCCCAUCGCAACCUUUCAUACAUUGACAUGUCAUGUCAUGUGACUGUAAAAGCUGAUUCAAGGACUGACAAAACAAAGUUGAGAGGAAGAUCUGAUGCCGGGCCAUGUGUGCCAAGUUUGUGUGUAUGUGAGUGUGUGCACAUAUGCAAGCUUGAAACAUAUGCGCGAGAUAACAUGUAUGCCUGGUUGUAAAUAAAAUGCUCUGUGGGAAU